UGAAGUCCCUCUUAUUUAUUCUAUGCUUUCCUGUCAUUCUGUAUGUGUCCAUCAUAAUAUUGUUUUUAGGUUAUGUUUAAUGUUUACUUUUCCAAUUAUAUUUAAAUAAAAUUAUUUUUUUAAAACCUGCACACCAUGAAUCAAAACAGUUUAGACAAAGCGAAUGCUGAUAUUGCUGAUGCAACCCAGGACCAUGCCAAAUCACAGAAAGAGUCAAAAAAGCAGAAAAACAAGCCCCAUAGGGACCAAAACCCAAACAUUACCACAACUGAAGGUGCUGCCAAUGACAAACUAACAGAAAAACAGCUCAGAAAGCUGGAAUGGGAAAAAAAACUUAGUGAGCAAAAAGGCAAGGCUGAGACACCAGAUGGUAAAGAAAGUUUAAGCAAAGCUGAACUAAAAGCCAAGAGGCGCGAACAGCAAGAGGCCCAGAGGCAGGCAAAAGUCGAAAAGGACAAAAAGGAAGAAAAGUCAAAAGUAGAGAAACCGAAACCAUCUGAACCUAGGCCUGCUAGACCAGCCGAGCAAAAAACACCAGUUAAGAAGCCCAUAGAUAUGAAAAAACCUAAAAAAAAACAUGUGCAACUUGUUCAGCACCUCUACAGAGAACCCCAUCCUGACUAUGCUAACAAACUAGUAAAUUUUAAAGAUAUUCAUCCAGCUUUUGUAAAGUUAGGUGUUCAGUAUGCAGAAAAAACAAUAAUAGGAUCAAAUGCAAGGUGUUUAGCAUUGUUGGCUGCUAUUAGAACUCUUAUAAAUGAUUUGCAGGCCCCACAGAAACAUGAGUUUUUUAGGUAUACCCAAGGAAUCUUGCAAAGCUGCACAAAUUAUUUACAGGAAUGUAGACCUUUUGCUGUUUCAAUGACGAACGCUUUAAGAACGUUUAAACAACAUCUAAGGCAAAGCAUCGACAAAGAAACAAACAUGUCGGACAACGAAAAACGAGCCAAACUCAUCGACGCCAUCGACACCUAUAUUAAAAACGACCUUAGGAAAGCAUGGGAGGCAAUUAGUAUUAAAGUUACUAAAAAAAUCGUCGAUGGAGAUGUUAUUUUAAUUUAUGGAUGCUCCUCCCUAAUAAGAAAUAUCCUCAUAGAAGCAAACAAGGAGGGCAAAAAAUUCUCAGUUAUAAUAGCGGACAACAGGCCCCUCUUAGAAGGCAGGGAAAUGCUUAGAAGGCUCGUCACGGCCGGGGUCAAGUGUAGAUACACCUUAAUCGGAGGCCUGAGUUGUGUCAUGAAACACGUCACCAAAGUUUUGUUAGGGGCGCAUGCUUUGUUGACUAAUGGCAGCGUGAUGUCUAGAAUAGGUACCGCACAAGUGGCUCUGGUAGCUCAAGCGUACAACAAACCUGUACUAGUCUGUUGCGAAACCUACAAGUUUAGCGAGAGGGUACAAACUGACUCUUUCGUUUACAAUGAAAUAGAUGACCCAAGUUCACUUUGUACAAUCGACACCGCGAGCACGCCAAGUCCUUUACAGGCUCAAAAAGACAAUCCCAAAUUGAAAAUUUUGAAUUUACUUUAUGACGUUACUCCACCGGAUUUAGUGACAGCUGUAGUGACCGAGUUGGCCAUUUUGCCUUGUACGAGUGUGCCAGUCGUUUUGAGGAUCAAUGCCGGGGAAAAUGUGCCCUCCUAGCGUUGUGAGAAUUAUUUUAAUUGCUGAUAUUUAAAUAUAUAUUUUGACUUUAUAACAAGUUUUCUGUUUGAUUUAUCUUGUUAUUUUAUUUACAUAAAUUAAUAUACGAUUAUAAUUUUCUCUCAUGAA